AUGUUCCAAAACAUCGCCGUCUUCGUUUCUUGCUUCGCCAUCGCCGUCUCUGGCUACAACGUUCGUCCAUCGACGAAGAACACCGUCCAAGACGCUCAUGAUCAACUCACCAAGUCAAUCCGCUGUUGGGAGCCAGCUGAGCAAGGAGCUCCAUCCCAGGGUGGAUACACCUUGAGUGAGCCAAUCUACGAGUUGUGCAGCUACAUGCCAGCUGCGAAGGGAUACGACAAGUUCUACGUCAACGGAGUUGACAUGGAGUCCGACGACUACACCCAUAUUCUCGCUCUCUUCGGAGCCCCACACCAUGGUUAUGCCGUUCUCAACGUCUGUCUCCAAGAAGCCUUCCAAUUCCACGCUGCCGGACAUCCAUCUCAAACCAGCCUCAGAUGCCUGUGCAAGCGCGACGGAUGCAACUUGCCAAAGGACUUCACCACGUUCCUCGACUUCAACAAGCUCCCAAUGCCAGAAACCUUCUUCUAA